AUGUAUGGCUCAAUCAAAAAUGUAUGCCUCCUGUUAUCAUUACUUUUAAUCCUGACUACUCUUAUGAAAUAUUCAAUAGGAGAAUCAAUUUAAUGCUUUGAUUACCAAUUUCCCUAAGCAAUAGGCUAAGCAGCUAAUUCUGAUGCAUCAACAAUGUUUUUUACACUUGAUGUGAGUCCAAGUGGCUAUAUUAUAGCUGGAGGUGCCUCAAAUGAAACUAAAUUAGUCAACGGUAUACAAACUCCAAUAAUGGUGUAAUUCAAUAGUAAAGGAUAAUAGACAUGGGCAAAAUAGAUAACUACAGGUGCAUACUAAUACGUUUCAAAUUUACGCCAUAUGAAUGAUGAUUAUAUUGUAGCAGUAUUAUCUGCUUGGGGUCCAAUACCAAGUAAAUAGCUUACAUUAGCUCUUUUCUCAACUACUCCUUUAACUUUCAUAAAAGCAAUUGUUGAUUCUAAUGAGGCAAAUUUUGCACUCUCUGGAUCUGAUUCAAUUAUUUUUUAAUCUGCAAGUGUUUUUAACUUUGUUUACUCUGAUCACGAUGGAUAUUUAAUCCUUACUAAAUUUAAUAUUGAAGGAAGUACAAUGACUUUGAUUGCAUCUGCUAAAUUUGAAGUAGCCAAUUACAACUGGUAUUCUGUUUCACUUGCAAUUAGCAGCUAUAAUUUAUUUGUAUCUGGUUACGCCGAGGGAUUAAAUGAUUUCGGUUCGCUAUCAAUGUUCAGUUUGGGUAACUUUGAAAAGAAAUUUUCAAUAAAAUAAGCGAAUUGGUAUUAAAAAUAAUCUGUUUAAAAGAUCAAGUUCUUCUAUAAUACAAAUACAGGUUUUAGCUAUAUUUAUGGAUGCUUAGGAUAUGAAUUAUCAGGUUACGUUCAAUUUGAUAUCACAAAUAUAUAUAGUAUUACUGCAAAGUAGUUUACAACAUUAGGUAAUAGUUAAUGCUACGAUAUAUAUGUAGAAAGUACUGCAAAAAUUCUUAUAUUUACACAGGGUGUUAGUUAUGUAAGAUUAUUUAAGAUAAAUGAAGAUGAAAUGUAAUCUGUUUAAGUCUAAUAUCCAGCUUAUGUUUCCUCAGGCAACAGACUUUGGGGUGCCAAAAUAAUCAAUUAUGAUACUAUUUAUUACGCUUCUAAUGUUGAAAAUAUUAAAGGCUUUAUCACUUAAACUUUCUUGAAAAGUAAAGCUUUUUUGAAUAGAUUACUCACAAGUGAUACAGGAAAUAUGACAGUACCUAAUUUAGAAAUUCCUGUAUACGUUAUAUUUUCUGAUCCAAUAUCAGUAGUUAUUCCAUCUUAUAUGCAAACAGAAUGUAAUGAUGCCAUUAUAAAAACGUCAAUUAUAUCUACUUUGCCUACAUAUAUAACCUUUGAUGGUAAUUACAAACUUACUAUCUCCUCAAACGAUUUAUCAAAAGCAGGAUCUCACAUACUAAAAUUUAGACAAACAAUCCAAUAAAAUAGCCAAUACUUAGAUGGUCAGUUUACAUUCAAACUUAUAAAUCCUUGUCCUUCGGAAGAAAUGCUUAGACUCUAAGAUCUUUAACUUUUACUGUAUAAUUCAUCAAAGGACGAUGUUGAAACCAACGAUAAUGGUUAUAUUAGUCUUGACUAGGCUCAUAAUCAAAUAAAAAUAUACUCAGCUUCAUCUAAUGCAAUAGGCACUCAUACUGUAAAGUUAUAAGGUUCUCUUUUAGCAUUUCAGUUAAGUAAAACGAUUUAGUUUAAGACAAUUAUCUAACCUAAUAAUAACUUUGCUCCUAGAUAUAGUUAGGAAAUUCUAGAUUCUAUAACUCUAUUUGCUCCUACUAGAAAAAUAAUUGGGCUACCAGAUAUCAUUGAUGAUGACGGAGAUUCUUUUACUGUUUAAUUCACUUAUGGAAAAACUAAGCCAUUCUUAAGUUAUGCUUCAGGGUCAAUAAGCAUUUAGGCCUUAGCAUCUAAUGUCGGUGAAUAUGAUUUCAGCAUAACUUUGACAGAUGAUAAUCCAGUACCUCUAAGUCAAACCUAUAAAAUACACUUAAGCAUUAUGCUAGACUAAGCAUCUGUAACUACUCCUUCUACUACUGAAACUAAUAAUUCUACAAAUUCUUCAACCCAGAAUACCUCAUUGGCCUAUAUCGUAAGUACAAAUGAUAAGAUCUAAUCAACUUAAGUUAAAAAAGUAAACUAUUAAACCGUUGAGAAAUCAUUAAAAGCAUACAUUUCGAGUAUUUCAAUGAUGGGCGAAGUAGACAUCAAGUUUUCAGAAAGAAUUCUUGAUUUAAAAUAAUCUAAUUUAUAAAAUCAGACUGCUCUCAGUCUUAAACUUGAUUCUAAAAUUCAAAGCUUAAAGAAUUUCAUCAAAACUUGGGAAAUAAUUUCAGUCUCAAAUACUGGAAUAAAGAUUCAGAUAACUUUUAAUGAGCCCUUAUUAGUCUCCAGCAGUAGUAAAGAUGACCUGAAGGUAGAGUUUUUGAAGCCUUAAUAUUUUAUCGCAGCGACAUUGAAAAGUGCAUUGCCCUAGAAAUAUACCAUUAAAAAGAGUACUGCUGCACUUCAAUCAUUUGGGUCUUCUUCAAGUAACACAUUAGUUGGCUCAGUUAUGCUUAAUUUUUUCUUGGCUUUGGCCUUAGGAUUAUCUCUUAAAUAGCUUUGGAUGCUGAUUAAUACUCUGCAGAUAAUUUGCGCGAUGCCUUUACUAUAGAUGUAGAUUCCCUCAAACUUCAUUUUAUUUGCAUAAAGUCUCAAAGACAUAUCAAACCUUAACAUCAUCCCUAAAUAGUAUAUGUCUCAUCUGAUAGGAAUAUUUAAAGGAAGUAAUGAUGAUUAAGAUGAUAAUAUUGAUGAUGGAAAAAUGAACAAGUUUAAGCUUUAUUUAACAAGAUACUUAAGAUUCUUUUUUUCAAUACUUUCCUUCGAACUUUAUUAAAAGGUUACCUAGGAUUUGCUCUUGCUUUAUUUAUCUAAGUUAAAAAUGUAUUAAAAGAUGUUAACCGACGAUUAAUUUUAAUCUAAAUAUGGAACAAUGUAUAUGAAUUUAAAAACAACUGAGGUAGCUGUGCUUUACCCUACUAUAUUUUUUGCAAGAAGACUAUUAUUUGCAGUUUCUAUAGGCUUCAUGGAUGAGCAUCCUGCUCUGCAAUUGACUACUCAAAUAAUAAUUAGCAUGGGUUUUAUGAGCUUCAUCGUGAGUUAUAAGCCAAUGGAGAGUCAUGGAGUUAUGAUUUUUGAAUUCUUAAACGAAGCUUCCUUAAUGAUUGUCUCAUAUAUUUUGGUUCCAAUUACUAUAGAUGACUUUGCUGAUGAUCUCAUAAACCCUUCUUCUAAAUAACAAAAUGAUGUAAAACAAGAGACUAUUAAUUCAGAAUUCGAAACAAAAAAGUAAAUUAAAAAACAAACUACCUAAAAGAAACAGAUUGAGAAGGAAAACAUUAAAAAAUUAAAGAAGGAAUAGAAUUAAAAAGAAUAAAGUAGAUACAAGCAGAUAAAUUAAACAAAAAAUUAAAGUUAAGAUAGUUCUAAAAAAUUAGUGAAAUUUAAAGAGGAAAACUUAGUAGUUAUGGAUUUCGAUGAGCUAAAUAUGGCUUAAACAUAAAUUACUGUUUUCAAUAACAACUAUGAUGGGUAUGACAUUUUUAGAUUUGAUGAGAUAAAUGAUGAAGCAUUUAAAAGUCCAUUUGAGAAGUCAAACACAAUAUAAACUAAAAAAUGA